GCUUGGAGCCUUCAGAGACACACAGACUUGUAGAAUAAAGGCAGAGCAACAGACAGAGAGACGGUACCCAUGUGACAUGUGCACGGAAAGCUGAAGACAAAGGUAGAAACCACACCGAGUCAGGUUGCGCGGAGAGGAGGCAGAGGAUGCUCCCAAACAAACCCACGAGAGGCUUCUUUUUUUCUCUCAUCUGGAAAUCUACGGCUUCACAUGAAUGAUUCAUGAGAGCCUGUUUUGAUUUCUAAAGGAGUAAAUAGGCUCUGUUUCACUGGCCAACCUGCCAAAACGCGCCAGCAGAGCUGGGAUCAGAGCCUGGAGAAAAAUCUGAAGUCAAUUAAUUUGGGGGGAGUUUGAUAAGAAUUCUGGACCUCGUCUGUCAAGGAUCAACUGUUGCUGCAGCCGGAGCGCGAACAGAGACAUUCUCCAAGUGUGUCUGGCUUUUUUACUGGAUGUUUGACCGUCACUCGGUUGUGCAUGCAGCCACACAGCCAGUGUUGUGCAAUUAACAUGGAAGAGAGACUGAUACUGCUUUUGAUGCCUUGGAUACACCUUCAUCUGUCCUGAUGUGAUGCCACAUUGUUGCGCUGAGGAGAAUGAUAAUAUGCCACACAGCUGCUGAUAAUCCCUGCGUGUGAAACUGUACAAAUACAUCUUUUUACCGCCGUUUGGACAGUUUGGGCAUUUUCACUCACUGUCACGUCAACACUGACACGCGUUUUGUUACUGUGACCUUGCCCGGUUUUGACAUCUAUUCAGCGGGAGAUCAUGCUGAUGAUGAUGGAGAACAGCGGCGUGGAUGUGCAUCAGGUUGACAUCGAUUCGGAAUUUGAGCCUCACGCUCGGCCGCCGUCGUGCACCUGGCCGCUGCCGUGUCCGGAAGACUUCCCCGGGGGAGAGGAGGCGAGCCGAGGUCUGGCCCUGGCGGCAGUCAAAGUGGAGCAGUACAACGUGCCGGCGUGCCGGGGCGAGAGGAAAGGCGGCGCGCCGGCCGAGAUCAAGCAUCCGGCCGGCGCCCCGGCUCCGGUCGUGGCCGCUCCCGCCUGCAUGUCCGGGGCUGCCCUCGACGUGGCCGGCCAGCUACGCAAAGCCAAGUCCUCCCGACGGAACGCGUGGGGAAACCUGUCGUAUGCAGAUCUCAUCACCCGUGCCAUCGAGAGCACCCCGGAGAAGAGGCUCACCCUGUCCCAGAUAUACGACUGGAUGGUUCGCUUUGUUCCUUAUUUUAAGGAUAAAGGCGACAGCAACAGUUCAGCCGGGUGGAAGAAUUCUAUCAGGCACAAUCUGUCGCUGCACAGUCGCUUCAUCCGGGUGCAAAAUGAAGGGACGGGGAAGAGUUCCUGGUGGAUGCUCAACCCAGAAGGCGGGAAGAUGGGAAAGGGACCGAGGCGACGUGCAUCUAUAGACAAUGGCACCCGCUACCUGAAGACGAAGGGUCGCAUCAGCCGGAAGAGAGCAGGGGCCAUGGGGCUCCAACGAGGACAAGGUCAGGGAGCUGGACCAGCGAUGCAAGGCUCCCCAGAGCACGGCAGUCCAGCGGCGAAAGGAGGUGUGGGCAUAGGUGGAGAGGAGUAUGAUACUUGGACAGACCUCCAUUCCCGGACGUCAUCUUCUGGCUCCACGUUGAGCGGCUGCCUAUCUCCAAUCCUAGCUGAGGCCGAGGCUGAUGAACCAGAGGAGGGUGGGCUUUCCAAUUCAGCUUCCCCAAGAAUAUACCCAAGCCCCACUAGCACGCGUUCCCCAGCCUUGGGCACUGGAGGCCACUGUCCCACGGUGGAGUUGCCUCAGCUGACUGACCUGACUGGGGCUAUCAGUCUAGAUGAGAGUGGCUACCCCCAGCCACCACAAAUUAAAUGCAAUGGUUAUCCCUAUGUGCCUGGACCCAAGGCAGAGGGCUCCUACUGUGCGCCAAUGUACGGGCAACCUUCUAUGGGCAUGCUGCGCCACCACACUCCCAUGGAGACCAUCCAGGAGAACAAGCCAGUCAGCUUUCAGCGCCCAGUGAGGGGCUAUUCAGAGAACAAUGCCCUGCAGAGUUUGCUCACUGGAGGUCCUCGAUAUUGCAACAAAGACACAGUCCUGAGCCAAGGACGGGAACCACACACAUUAAUGACACAGGGAACCAAUGGCAUUCACAGCCAGCACAAUCAGAAUCGCAGCCACAAUCAGAACCACAGCCAAGAGCAUGCUCGCAAUGCAAGUCUACACAAUGACCAUGACCAGAACACAACUCACCAUCAGAACCACAAUCAGGGUCACAAACACCAAGCCUGCCUCGACUACGCACACAGUCACAAGCCCCACCCGGCUCACGACUACGGUUCGAGUCAUGAUCACAAUCACAGUAAAGUAAAUCCUAGCCAUGAUCACAACCCUCACUCCACGCAGAGUCACCUGCACAACCACAAUCCCCACAACCCUCAUAACCCUAUGCAUAGCGGGCCUCACCAUCAGGCCCUUUCCCCGAGAGUGAGCACUGACAUCCUGCAGCCCUACAGUCUCAAGACCUCUAACCACUAUGGACCCCGUCCCCACCUCCCAACAUCCCCUUCUCUGCCCCCGAACCCUGCCGGCCUUAUGGGUGUUCCCCAGGACCCCUGCCGCCUGGCAUCCGCACCUCACCCUCGUCAUCAGCCUUACCCUGGAGCUCACCAUCAGGGUAUCACUGACUCCUGGCAUGGGUUCUACCCCAACAAUCACCAGUCAGGGAAUGCUGGUUUCCAACCUCAAAACUCCCAGAGUAGAAUGGCUGCUGACCUGGAGAUGGAGAAUGUCCCUAAUAGUCUAGACUGUGAUGUGGACUCUAUCCUGCUCAGUGAUUUUAUGAAUACAGAAAACAUGGACUUCAACUUUGACGGUUCUCUGUCCCAGGGAGUGGGGAUGGGGAUGGGCAUGAGUCUAGGGGCUUUUGCAUGCCCCCCGCCUUCACACAGCAACCAGAGCUGGGUGCCAGGGUGAACUUACGCCCAUACAUACAGACUCGUGACCAGAAAGCUCAUUCCCUGGGCUGGGCUGCUGUUUGGCUGUAGCCUUGGACUGACUGACUGACUGUGAUUCUGUAUCAUCAUUUUGUUUUCUGGGGACUCCCCACACUCCGAUGUUGUGCUCUUUCUCUUACUUAAAAGCCUUCUGUCGCCAUAUCGAACCUGCCCCCAGUUAGCACAGUGCUAAAGCAACCCCCGCCUUUCAUUUUUUAUAUUUUUAUUCUCUAAUCCCAAGCUCAUUCUGCCUGUCCCUAAGCUUCCAAGCACUUUAUAUCCAUCUUUUCAUACAACAGCAGUAACACAGAGCCCAGGCAAAGUCAUGUUGUGUGUUGGCUUAAUGUAUGCAAUCCACUUUACAGUAUUAAAGGAGGCGUUGUUCUUGACUUGAGAACAUGAUCAAACAGCUGCAUAAAUGUCUUCAGUGUGGAGGUGCUCUCAAAUCGGGGGUUAAAAGUCAAGGGAAGGCUUUGAAGUUUAAAGAAAAAAGGUUUUUAGAAGAAGAGGGAAUUUGCAGGUAUAGAAGAGGGGAACUCCAGGGUGAUUGCGACUCGUCUUCUUCAGGUGGACAACGGUGUUUCGUUUCAGGCUCGGCACAGGAGGACAGGCGUCCAUUAGGCAACGCUCAGCACUGAAAUGCAACGUCCCUUCUUUAAUCUCCAAAGUAAUGCCAGAGUGAUGCAUCACUAUUGCAAAUCUAAUGCGCCACUCUAUAGUUUUUCAACCUCCCCCUUUCUCUUCAACUCUGGACACAUUGGCUUAAUGUGUUUUGGCAAAAGUGAUGAUUAAACUCACUCUGCACUAAAUGGGCGAGGGAUUGAAAUGGGUGAUUUUUGAGGGCGGGGGUGGGGUGGCAUUGAAGGGGGAUGAUAGGAGAGAAGAAAUGCAAAUAUUCCCUCUGUGUCUCUUCUUCUCCAUUUAGUGGAUUUAUGUAGCUUUCCCCAUAAUGAAAUAAGCAACGAUCGCGGCCUGCUGUGCAUCCUUAGGGGCUCUCUGAUUGGCCUGUGCCUCAUCGCCUCGGCGUGGCACCUUCACCGACUGACCCGAGAAUACCUUAGUGAGCAAGUGUGGUCAGGCCAGCAUGUUGAUGGAGCUGCUGUCCUCAGACCCCAGGUAACCGUGUGUAAUUCACUAACACCCAGGUUCAAGCCCACUAUGUGCUUUUACUCCUGUGAAUUGCUCACUGAUGAACACCGUCAGCAGAUUACUAUUUGGUGCUAUCUCUUCUUCCCAGGCUCCCUCCUAUCGCGCCGCCCCAUCCCGAGGUUACUCGGAGGGUAAACAAGAGUAAUUAACCGCCAAACAAGAUGGAUGAUUUAUGCAAGUGUGUGUAUUCGCUCAUUGGCACAAAGUCAUAAUUCUCUGCACCUCCCACAAAGCACAAGCAGGGCGUAUUUUGAGAGGUGGUACCCAGCGACGAGGUAGAGCGGCUGGCAAACGGUAUGCUCGCAAUGUCCUUCAAGAAUCCUCUUUACAAGACUCCCAUCCCGGCCAUAGCUUUACUUUGCUGUUGUCUUUUCUUGUGCUUGUUCUGUGAUCGUGCAGUUGUCUGUCCUGUUUCGGUACAGCGUGGAUAGGAGCUUUUGUGUGCAUUUUAUUUUCUUUGUUCGCAGUGGGGAAAACAGGAAAAGGGUGGCAAUUGCCAGCCCUCGUGCUGGCAACUGUCCCCUUCAAGAUAGAGAGAAUAGGGACAAGAGAGGGAAGGAAGGUAGAUGGAUAUCAAGAGAUGCUAAGAGGGAGGAAAAGAGCUGAAUGAGGAGGUAGGAUCUCUAAGACCGUAAGAGAUUUUCUAGCUUGGAAUUGGCUGUUUCAAUCAGGCCAAAUGUCAAGUGCUACUCAGCUAGCUGUAGCGAGCUUUGACCAGAAAGCCACUUCUCCCUGGUGAUCAAGGACAAUGACGGGUAUUUCCAUGCACAUUUCUUUUGAUUUUUUCAUUCCUUUUCAGGAGUUAAGAUAACCCAUUGUUGUAAUUCAACUGUAAUUUGUUCUCUGGCCUGUGUGCAAUUGUGUCAAGCUUGUCGUGGGUGUGCGAGCGUGUAUCACAGUGAUGUACAAGAACUGAUUAAGGGAAUAUUAUUGAGAAAUAACUUGCCCUGGUGUUGUCUAUGCCUGGCUGAGUGCACCAGAUAAUAUAUACAGUUUAUAUUUAUUGGUUAGGGAGCUGGGUCUACGGAGGACCAGACCCCUCACUUCCCUGUUUCCUUGAUGACGAAGAAGUGGAAAGCUAUUUCAGUUUGACGACAUUUCGUUAUGUACAUAAUCUAUAU